AUGAAACUCCUAAGCUCGGUAGCUGUCUUUUUUGCUGUGAUUCCUGUGUCGCCAGUGAUUGUCGAUUGGCCUGCUGAGAGACCGCUCAUUUGUCAAUUCUUUCUACGCCGAGGGCAUAUGUACAUCCAUCAUACGGAUGAUACUAAGCGCAGUGAAGACGAUUACAGUGGAAUUGCUGUGCUAGUGGACGUCAACGAGAUAGUGUUUGGACGAUUGCCCUUUCACAACGCCAGAAACAAGUCCAAAAGGGAGACUUCGAACAUCCUUUUCCAAACAGCAAGAGGAUCUCAAGAAGCCGACAACUACUUUCUCCUCAUUGCCGACAGAUACAGACUAGAGAGAAAAAACUGGAAAGAUGGAUACAAUAAUAAGAAAAAUUGCAAAAUGGUACAGUUUCAUUUUUCGGUACCGAUGCUGAUAAAAAAGAAUGCUACGGAUCCAAACUCGCCGAAAUUUGUGGGGACUUACAACGUAAUACGAGACAAAUUGUAUUACACCGAUGAUGACAAAGAAAGGGUGGUCCACGUAGACCUGAAGAAGAAGUUCGAUAGUGGGUACGUUAGUACAGACGGAUUUGAAGUGCUGUGUGUACAUAAUAGAUAGUGAUGUUUCAAAUCUCGCAUUAUGCUGUCGUAAAAGUAUGACGACGUUUUGUUCACUUGUUGAACACCGAAUAAAUGUUGGGAG